UAUUUUCAGUGCUUUCUAAUGAUGGGAUCGCGCAUGGAAUAGUCACUGUUUUCCCAAUUUGAUGAUUCUCCUGAAGCCACCUACAAGCUUUAUACUAGGAUUGUCAGGAAAGCUUGGUAACGGAGAAGGAAAUUAAUGUAGUAGCUGCAAUCGAUCGUAUACGCAUCAUUUGAGAGUCUUGAGACUGAUUUAAUAUUUCGAAUGACGUCGGAAGUCAAACCUGAGUUGUCGUGAAAAGGUAAAAGUUACGAGAGACGGCAGCGGUCCUAGGGGUGGCUGUGGAGGUGGUGGAGGCAGUAGUAGUGAUGCAACAUGAACUUUCACAGACGACGUCAUCGAGCUAACAACAUGAGACUUAUCUUCGUUACGGUGUGCAUUCCAGUUACACUCCUUCUAAUCCUGUCUCCUGCGACACUCGGUGACGAUUGGACCGCAUCCUGUUCAACCGUAAAUUGCACAUGCAAAUGGACAAGUGGCAAAAAAUCAGCAAUUUGCAGUUCUCUACACUUGACGACCAUUCCAACAACCCUUAGUACCGAGAUUCAAGUGCUCGUUCUAAGCGACAACUAUAUCCCCUAUUUGAACAGGGAAGAGUUCACGUCGCUGGGCCUCGUGAAUUUGCAGCGAAUCUACUUGAAAAAGUCCGAGAUCCAAUAUAUACACAAGGAGUCAUUUAAAAAUCUGAAAAUCCUUAUUGAAAUUGAUUUGAGUGACAACAAAAUUGAAAUGCUCGAUAAGGAAACGUUCAGUGGAAAUGACAGGUUGCGAAUAUUGUACUUGAACGGGAAUCCGCUGAAAAGGCUUAUAGCGUAUCAGUUUCCUAUUCUGCCGCAUCUGAGGACGCUGGAUUUACACGACUGCCUGAUACGAUUCAUUGAUCCGAUGGCAUUUGCCAACUUAAAUUUGCUGGAGUUUCUAUAUUUGAAGAACAAUCUACUGGAAAAUUUAUCAGAAUACGUUUUCCAGCACAUGACGAAUCUGAAAACUUUAAUUUUGGAUGAGAACCCUUGGCUUUGUGACUGCCGGCUGAGAAAGUUUCGCAGCUGGUACGUCAGGAGCAAAUUGAACAGCGUCAGCCUCACCUGCAAGGGUCCAUUCCAUCACAAAGACAAACAGUGGGAAAAUAUUGACGAUGAGCAAUUUGGCUGCAUGCCAAAAGUUGAAAUUUUUAGCAACGAAGACGUGCAGAAUAUCGACAUUGGGAGUAACACGACGUUCAGCUGCUUAGUGCUGGGAGAUCCCCUGCCAGUUGUCACGUGGGAGCUCAAUGGCAAAGCUUUCGACAACGAUAACGUUUUAUUCGACGAGGAAAUCAUCUCGAGCGAUAAAAUAUGGAACAAUUUGACUGUUUUCAAUAUGACUAGCCUCGAUGCCGGCACCUACUCGUGUUCAGCCCAAAAUUCAGUGGGUUUUGCCAGCCAAAACAUUAGCAUUUACCUAACAGAAAUCGUGCAACAUGUGCUCGUCAAAACACCAGAAACCUUUUGGUAUUUCGGGCUCAUAAUGGGCACAUUUGGGACAGUUUUUCUUCUGAUUCUGCUGUCAUUUGUUGUCUGCUUGUGCAAGAGGACGAGAAGACGUCGACAUCAUAACAAAAAUAUUAAAGGCAGCGUGAGCUUUAACGAUCAAGAGAAGAAACUCCUGGACUUGAGCAUUACAACCACUAACGACCGCCAGGAUAGCUGUGGUAUCGAUAAUAAUACGACGACGUCCUCACUGAACAAAACCGAGUCGGUGAUGGCAUUCGAGCCAAUUGAGAUAACUGUUGAGAACCGGAAUGCUGCCUCUGUCGGUGCCGUAUCAAAUAUGAACUGCGGUCCCAGUGGCAUGGGGCUAGGUGCGGGCUCAAGUGGCGCAGCAGCCGCCCUAGCAGGAGCAGUCGGUGGGACGGCUAGUCUCGGUGGUGGUGGGAAUAUGGUUCAACACGAGGAAUUCCCCCUGAACGUUGGCGUAUUUCCACCACCACCCGAAUUCUGUUCAAAUGUCGUCGGCCAGCCACCCUAUGGCAAUAUAUUUAUAUCUGUCUCCGUGACACAGGACAUGCUAGAUAGUUCCGAAAUUAACAUUUACCCGGAUCUCUUGAACAUACCGAAGCGGGUUGACAGCAGUAGCAGCAGCACAAUGCUACCUGUAAAUGUCUCUUCGUUCGCCACCCUGCCCCGCAAUCAGCAGAGAAGAGGCAUCCUCAAAAAGGAUACGGCCACCACCCUAUAUCCGCACGAUGAAAUUGUUAGUUAUCAUAACUUAGAUACGACAACUGCAUCAGCAAUGUACAACACAUUAAAUUCUCAAACAUCGAACGAUAAGAAGCCAUCCUCAUCAACAAGUACUUGUAUAAAUUGCAUAAGAGCACAACCUCACCCCUACAGCAAGGACGACCUCCCAACCGGAAACAUGGGCACAAUCCCGGAAACGACAACGAUUCGGCAAUGCAGUAACAACACUCCCAUGUCGUCGUCUUGUCUGAAGUACGAUAAUAUGGGACGGAGGAUAACCGCCAGCGGGAACUCAACAUUGUCCCUGCCCGACGAGGAGCGCAUGGAGAACGAGACUCUGUUUAAUGAAACUGUAAAUACAUUAAAAACAUUUAAACAGACCCAAACGAAACAUCCCUCUAGCAUUCAAUCGCCUUCUACGACCUCUUCGGCCACUGCAAGUAACACACAUACAGCGGAAACUUUACAAUCCGGUGGUAGUGACUUUGUUUCGCUUUAAAAAUAAUGUGCCAUAAUUCUUCAUAAACUUUUCAAAGUAAUUAAGAUAAAGAUAGAAGAUAGUUUCCCUUUGCCACGAGCUUGUAGAAUGCAGGAGUUUACGAAUUGAAUUCGAUUGGAGACGGAGACGGAGCCGGAUUUUUCGGGGAGCACUUCCCAGUUGCGGUUGUAAAUAUCUGCCCGGGUAGAUAGGGAUGAUUGAUUUCACUGUUAAAUGAUUUAAUUAUUAGUUUAAGUGCCGCAUAUAAAUCACUUGGAGGUUGCUGGUGUUCUCUCCGUUGCGUCAUAAAAUGCUGACGAGGAAGUAUGCAUGAGAGCAUGAAAGUCUUAAAGUAGGAGCUUCAGUUUAGAUGUGUUAAGGACGUGACUCGAAUUCCUUGCAAUUAGUACACAUAUGGUGAAAGGUAUACAUUUUUUACGUGGAUCCUGUCUAAAUUUGGAAGUAACAUCUUUUUCGGAUUACAUAUUUUGUCAGGAAUCCUGCCCGAUUGUACAAUUGGGGGGAAAUCUUUAAUGAGUAAGUGAUAGGUAUUUAUGCAUUAGCAUUUAAAAUGAGAAAGGAAUCGAGUUGAGCGAUUGUGAUGAGAUCCUCAGGCCAAAGCUUAAUUUUGUGCCGAUUUCGUAUGACUGAGUCUUGAAAUAGCUGGGAAUUAUUCAGAUGAUAAAAUGGUCUCUUCUGCCUUUUUUUGUAUUCCUCAAUAUGCAGGACAGCCAUCUGUCAUUUACUCAAUGAUCAUCGCAAUUGUUGUAAUUAUUGUUCACUGGAAGGAUGCGCCUUAAUUUGUAAGUAGAAUUCGCACUAUUACUUGCAAGCAGGAAGGAUCUUCCUCGAGUACUCAAAACUUCUUUAUGGAUUAGGAGUUUCACCUCGGGUACGAUAGCCCUGAAACACCGCAUGGGAGUCGUUAGAUCCCAUUUAAUGGGUCUAAAAAUUGACAAGGGGAUUGCUAUGCUACCUUGGGGUGCAUUUCUCACUCCCAUUUUUCAACUCAACACUAAAUUUCAAAUGUUUUUUUAGAGACAGUUUGGAAAGUAAGAUUGGUGGAAUUAUUAAUAUUGACAUUGCCUUGGCAUUGAUGACCGAGCUCAAUUCGGAUUGCACCGUAGAUGUCUGUCAUUUUCUUUUCCUUUGUUUUUACCUUAUAAGCGGUAAACGAAAUAGCUUUUUUCGUAACUUCUUACAAAAAAAUUAAAAGAUUUAUUCAUAAUGGGGCUUGUGUACAAAAAAGGGCAUGCCCAGAAGUGCAUUAUUUUUUUUUAUAUUUUUGAAAAUAAAAUAGCAGCGCGGCAUCUCUUCCAAAAAAGUCGGGAAACUAAAAGCUGGGUGCUUCAGGUAUGAGCAGCUUUUUGUUUUACUGACGUGAGAAAUUUCACUAAAUCACCGUUUCCAAUUCGCUUUUUGGCGAAAAGUUUGUUUAGUGAGUACUGUGUCCAGUUGCUCUUAUUUUUCCCCACAUCUACUUCGCAUCCCCAAUCGCACAGCUGAACAAUAGAAGAAGCAAAGUUACUCAAAAAAGGUAGUUUUGGCAACUAUUCAUUUUUUAAUAAUAAUAAAUUUCUCCAAAAGUUUUUAGUAUCAUAAGAAAGGUAGAAAGCGAAAAUGAAAAUGUCAGCUCCUCUGCCAUAGUACUACAAUACCCGACAAUGCUUAAGCUAAAAUGUCAGCUCCUCCGCCAUAGUACUACAAUACCCGACAAUGCUUAAGCUAAGUAACGACCGCCUUAUUCAUUCAAUUUAAGUGAAUUAAAGACUUUCAGUAAGUCUUAAAGUAAUUUUUCCUUAUGAGGUGUAACAUUAUGUGAUAUCAGCCGUCUGGCAACCUUUUAUUUGUGUAUCUGUGUUUGUUUGCUAGAUAUCUAUGCAAAAAUUCAACCGUGCAAGAUGUCACGUUUUUUAAUGAAACUUAACAGUAGUGAAACCCGCCUACGCCUUAGUCUUCCAGUAUAUGACUGUCGGGCUGUUGCUUCAGUGGCAACAAUCCAACCCCUUCCAGGUAAAAUUGUUCGUGGAACGAGGCAUUAAAUUUCCAUGUAACCAGUUCUUGAACUAAUAGGAAUAGGAUAAGUAUGUAUCAGUGACCACUGUGCCCUAUUAGCCUAGCCUAGGCCAAUUGAGCCACAGAAAUUUCUUUCCUCAAAGGAUAGGUUAUCCUGUAUGUGUAGCCUGGUUCUAGCCAGGGCAACUUCGGCAUGUAAAUUGUAGGGUAUGCCAAGUAUAGCGGCAUGGUCGCAGAUUAGCCGGUGCCGCGUGCGACCCACUGUAAUUCUGUAUGCAUUUGCGCGCGUCUGGCACAAACAUUUUCGCAAUCGAUUAUUGUUAUCAGAGAGUCAAAUCGUCCGCGACGUGGCGCAGGUGAAUUGUGCAACUCGGUUCCAUUGUGCGUAAAGUAGCAAGUUUCCUCACCGAUUCCACAGAACAUCUUUAAUUCUUCUAUGAAAAAUUGUGUGCCACAACCUUGCAACACGUCACCGAUUUUCUACCCUACCCUGGUUCAAACUCGCAGGAAAAUUUCUCGCGAAGCUCGUCUUUCGUGUGGCAUUGACUCUACCCAGAGUUUCCGAGAUACUUCAUCUAGGAUCUAACGAGGGCCAUAUGGUCCUGUCCAACAUCCGGGCUCAUGUAGUCUGAUAGUAGUCUUCUUCCUUUUCUUUAGCCUUUGUCCCGUUCGGAGUUGGCUCGUCGUUCCCGAUUGCGUCAUUUUGUUCUAUCGAAACCUGAUCUAAAUGAAGUUUUGAGUCUUUCAAAUCACCAUCUAAAGCUUCACUGUUCUCGUUAACACGAAUCAUGUGAUCAUACCAUCGAAAACGCCUGUCUCGCAAUUUUUCCACGAUCCGUAAAACUCUACAUUGAUCGAGGAUAUCCUCAUUUCGAAUUUGAUGAAGGCAUGUUACGGCACUAGUUCAACGCAACAUCUUCGCCUCCAUUGCCGCGAGACGGCGUUCAUUCACAUUAAGAACCAAAGAGGCCGACUGGGCAGACAACACUGCGGUAAAUUUUGGAUCUGAAACGUCCGUUGAUACAUCCAUCACAAAGAACGCCAGUUAUGGAACGCCACUUCAUUCAGGCUGCGCUUGUGCAUGAAGCAAUUUCAUAGCGCAGUUCACCAUUGGCUAAUAGCAUUGACCCGAGAUAUUAAAACGGGUCGGUUCUGGGCAGGUCACUGUCAGUGCCUAUUUUAUGGGGAUCGAUCAGCAAAAACUCAAAAAAUUUCUUACGGUGUUUCUCGAAGAAUAGUCACGCAGUGUGUAUUGCGUCAGUGGUAAAGCACUUCUUGAAAACCCCACGAAUGUGGUUGUGAAGAAUGCAUUAAAAAAUCUGCAUCGUAUGUGGCAACAACUAUAAUAGAUCGAUAAUUUCAUUAUUCUUCUGGACUACCUUUCUUUUUCCAUAUUGAAAUUGUUGUGCUUUCUUACCAGUCAAAUAGCGUUCUACCCUCCUGAAUUAUCCAAUACAAGAAUUCUGUAAGCCACGGUAAGUACCAGCUUUUUACUUUUCAGAGCACAUAAGCGAUUUGAUCAGGUCCCGUUGCUUUCUCCAAUUUCAUUCGUUUUAUUGUUUGCUGAAGUGGAGGAUGACCAAAUUCUUUCAUUGAAAUCUGCUCCAAAUAUUCUCGCCGUCUAUCCGUCGCGGCUUAUCGUUCUGUAAGCAAAGUAGCGUUCUUGUCAUUAACGCAAUAGAAGUGUUCCAUAUGCUGUGUGAGUUCCUGUCGGUUUCUGACAACUCAAUACAAAUCUCUCUCACCGUCCUAAGUUUUAAGUUUACCGCAAAGAUCUUUGUAGUGGAUCGCUCGGGUAACAGUGGUUUCUUUCUUUGCUUGCUGAUUGGCAUUCUUGUAAAUUUGCCAAUUGACCAGCACUUUAUCGUCGAGAAAUUUGAGGUGGAAGCGUUUCUUUUCACGGACCUCCUUUUGAACAUGAUCACUCCCAGCCAAGUAUCUUGGUUGAUGACCCUAUUACCUGUUUUAGUGACCCCGAAACUUUCAUAGGCUGCUUUGUGGAUUGUGUCUUUAAGUUCGUUCUACGAUUCUUCCACAUUCGUAACGGUUAGUAAUCGCGUAAGUGAGAUAAUUUCUUCCUUAUUCUCACGGAAUCACCACCAUUUAAUUUGCGGUGCGCCAGCGCAUUCCUCACACUGUUUUGUCGGUGGUUUGAUUCGUGAUCAACGGCCAAUGUUGAGGUGCGUUGGUCUUAUAGGGAAUAGCUUUGUAGUCACUGCGUCUUAUGAAAAUAUAGUCUGUUUGCGUUUUUUUGAUUCCGCUAUAAAGGGUACGAAGAUGAGCCAAUUGUUUGAUCAACCAUGUGUUGACAAAUACAAGGUCGUAAGAGUCCGUAAUACCGACUAAACAAUGGCUACCUUGAGAGCGUGUUCCAAAUCUUUCUCCCUCAUGGCACUUCUUGCCGCGUGCCUUUUAAACCACAGGACAAUUAAGAUCACCCGCAAUGAAGAAAUAGUCAUCAGCGAACACGUUACAGAUCUUUGUGUCAAGUAGGUGCCAGAAGGUAUCUUUCUAGGCGUUGGGUCGACCUGUCUACGGCGGGUAUGCGGUGACGAAAUAAAUCGUAAGAUCAGCUGGUAAUAUAGGGAGCUUCUUUAAUGGCAUCACGGAAACCCUCAGAGAUGACAAAGGCCAACACCGUAUUGAGUGGGUGGACUUUCAAAAUAGAGAAGUUUAUAGCCAUUUUGACCGCGUUCGUGUUCUGAGUCGCAGCUUUCGGCAUUGGACCAUCGGGUUUCCUGCAGAGUGCAGAUAUCAACGCGCCUUUUUCGAAGCGAAGGGCUUUUGCGAGUUUCUCGAUCAUUCCGUUGAGGGUGCAAAUGUUUAGCGUGCAGACACGUAUUUGUUUUGCUCGGACUAAUUUACUUACGUCCUUACGCCAACUUUGCAUCAAAAACCCUUUCCCGUUUCUCGAUAGGACAGGAGUCAGGUCCUGCCGCGGUGACAGAGGUGAACACCCUGAGAUUUCUUUAAGACUUUGGAUGUCUCAACACCGUCAACGACAUUGGAUAUAUUUUCUUGGUCGACCUGUGGCGGGAUCUGUCACCAAGGGAGAUCAGGUAGGAUUUAGCAUAGUGGGAAAACUCCAACUAUUUACUUAUACUUUCCCUAAUACCAGCAUUUCAGUUUUGUUUUACUGAGGAUAGUACAAAGUCCGUUGCCUCAAACCCUCCUCUUUCAUCUGGGCAUGGAACCAGCACGCUGCGUAUAUAGCGUGCUGGAAUUGUAUUCCGAUGCACCCCGCAAUAUAUUUAAUGUGGAUACAAGGAUGCGGAACCUGCUGGGAUACAAGAGCAACCGCCGGGUAAGACGGGUAAGAGGUUCUAAAACACCUGCACAAGGAGUUCUCGGAAUCAUAUUAACAUUGGUUCUAUUGUUUUUCUUGCUGGAUAAGACGAAACAUAGCUAAGCACGUACAAAGAAGAGUAUCCUUCCCCAAAGAUCUCUUUUACUUACAAAAAUUUUCCCGCAGGCGUAGAAUAUAGGCCUUUUCAGCCAUCAGUUCCAUCUUUGGUUUCCCAUUUAAGCUAGCACCCGGAAUCUCCGCCAAAAUUUCAUCUAUCUAUCCUAUCUGCAGAAUUUCGUCCACCAUUAACAAUCAGAGCACGACACCACCCAUGGUUAUUCGUUUGUUAUUUAAUUUGGCGUCUAAUGUAUUGAUCUCAAGAAUAAUCCAAGAAAAAUGUCUAUCCUGACUAGUCGCCUGGAGAAGAGUCUCAAUUGAAAUCCAAGGUACCCGAGGUAUACAGAGUUAAUUAAUCAUGCCUUUAAGGUUUUUUUUAUCGCCCGCGGGGAAGGUAUUAUUCUUCAUUAGGUCUCUUUUGUAGGGGCAUAAAUGUUUAUGAGGCUAAGGUAGAGAUUAUAGCUUUAGUCCAUAUUUUUAAAGACAAGGAAAACCAAUUUCAAACAUAUUGAUUACUGGAUAGCGGCUGAAUUAUUUGCUAUAGUUGCUUUUUCCUCAGGAAAGAUGUUUUACCCAGGAUAUUCUUGCAAUGCGCUUCUAUCGGCAUUAAAUUUGCAAAUUUGAGCCACCGGUCAUCAUGAUUUGCUCCAGCUUUCUCUAUUUUUGAGGAUAACUUAGUAUCUUCUAAAGUAGAUACCGGUUUUCAUGCUUGUAAAUUUCAAUAAUAAAACUGUCCAAUAGAAGGAAAAUUCAUUUUCGCGUAAAAAUACGAUUUUUUAGAAAGGGAAAAGGGACUUGGUUUUUCAUCUCUUUUACGUGAUACAUGGAUUCGACUUUACUUAUACCGCUUUCCGUGACUUAAACAAAUUAGUCUCCAAAACGGAGGACCGUACAGGCUGUUACACCGACGAACAGCUAGCCCAGGCACGACAACCGCAUAAGCUUGAGCAGAAUUAACAUCCUCUACAGAGGAUAGCAAUCUCUGUCGGCAUUACAAAGUUUUUUUGGAGGCGCACAAUCAAAAGCCUCUUCAAUGUCCACGAACACUCCCACCGGGUAGUAACCUUUCAGAGUUACGUCCUCUAUCUUUGAAACAAAGGAAUGAAAAGCAGACUCACAGGACUUUUUACCGUGGUAACCAUGUUGGUUUUCAUUUAGAGCCUCCGUGGAAAAGUGAAGUUCAAUCAGUUUUUCAAGACAUUUCAGGGGGAAUGUAAAACUGAUUUCAUUAGGUUUGAACAGUUGCCAGGCUUCGGUAUCAAAAGUACCGCAAACUUUUGUCAAAAGAUAGACCCGUUGCCCAGAGCAGGACAUACUGCAUAAAUAUAUCCUACAAGCAGUUCUUGCUACUUUAUGCCCCCAUUAGUAUCGCUUGAUAAAUGUGAUCCAUGCCAGGUACUUUCAAAUACUUAAAGGAUAGUAUAGCAAAUCUUGGUUUUCACGAGUAGCAACUACUCUCGCAGUGUCCUAGUCACUCUUGCAACACUUUCAUGUUAAAAGUUUUGCAGAAACUAGGCUAAUUGCCUCUCUGCCACUUGCACUUCCAUUGACUCACCCUUGGAGUUCAUGGAAGCUCCAUUGGGUUUUUCAGAGAGUCCACCUUUGACGACUCAUCCAUUUCGAGGACUCUGCACAGCCUUGAUGUCUCUUAUUCAUCUCACACUUGCCCACAGAACGCUAUGAGGGAGUCUUGUUUUGAAAUUCUCGCGAGCCUCUUAUAUUCACACUGUGAAUUUCUAAAGUUUAACCUAUCUUCGUUCUUAUUGCUUUCAUCUGCACGUUUCAGUAGUUAUUUGGUUGAUUUCCUGAGUUUUUGCAGCGCUCGGUUUCAACAGCGUACCGUUUUACAGCGUUUGCCUUAUGUAAUAGGACAAGCCUCUUCAAAGAAUCCUAAAAGUGUACGACUCAGAGUUUCCAAUUGUGCUUCUAUCGCCAAAGCAUUUCUUAACCGCCUGUAACCCGCUAUUUAUUACCAUAAAGCUCAUUGAAUUUCCACAAUCCACUUUCUUAGAAUUACGCCUUUCCGGUCGGCAGCAACUUUCAAGCUAAAUUCUAAGUUAUGGUGGUGCGACGGAGAGACCUCGGCCAGCUUCGAAGUAUAAUUUGCUGGGUCAGUUACUUCACUCCUCACCAAACUUUGUUCCAAGUGACGAGGCCAGCAUUUGCUUUUGCCCCGAAGAAUGGGGGUUCGCAUUAGGAGUUCAAAAGCACUUGACAGCUAUGAUGCGCUUUUUUCGUUAACCGGGCACUGUCAAAUUACUGUGGCAUGACCCAGGGCACAGAAUAAUCUCAGCAUUUUUGUUUCUAAUAAAGAUGAUAUCAACCACAGGCCCUACGUCUUGAGAAUUUCUCAUCAGAGAAGAUCCUAGUCUCCUUUACUUGUUCAAUAGAUUUUGUUAAGUUGAGUCCAUGGCUUUUGUAGCAGCACGAUAUAAGGGCAAUCUUGUCUUUUGCUAGACUUGUUGUCAGUAGAAUGGGAGAGAUUUUCACAUGUUGGAGAUUAAUUUGAUUGGCCCUUAUGUUUUUAGGCAUACAUAAGUAUAGUCAUGUACUGGAUAACCGACGUUAAAUGGAAAGUCUCACGGGGGUUACCAGCUUAUCCCUAACUUUCGCCGGUAGUUCCCAUUCCUUGCGUCUGAUUUCCCUGAUUGCAUUGCCCAUCAUUGCCAAGAGACAUCGUUUUCUUUGGCAGUGCCCUCCGCUACUGUUGAAAAUGUUCCCUGGAUUUCGGUGUCCGCUCUGCAUUGAUCUAUUCCCACAUACCAGUAUGAAACCAGUUGCGUUUUCUUCCGUCUUUUCUGGUACAGGCGGAAGAGAAAGUUCUGAUUAGCAAGAAUUGGCCUGUAGUUCACUCUCCUUUGCGGUCAAAGUUUCCGUUUGCCAAGCCUUCCUAUUCCAUUUUCUGGAAGAAUUAGGCAACAGUGCUACGACCACACUCGACGUAGUAAGGUUUGCAGCUUUUCGCAUUAUGGAAGUUGCUGGACUCUCCUUUCUGAUUGAGCGCGCUGUAGACAUUUAACGCAGGCUUUCCACCAAUGGGGACCCUCUCUACUACAGUCUGUCCCUGUGGGGAGCAUGAAUCUGGGGAGGCCUCCAAAAUCCGCGUGUCGGUUGUGACUUGAUUGCUCAAAGACGUGGCUGGAUGCGAAAUCCGUGACAUAUUAUUAUCUCGAGAGUCAUGACUUUCAUGUCCAUGUUUUAGAUACCCUCAGUGAAUUACUACAGGCUAUCCCGCCACGGUGGUGUCCGAGGGGACCAUAAUUGGUAAAAAAUGAAACCGGAACACAGUUUUGUUGGAAGUAGCCCUUCAGAUGAAAACAACCAGAAACAAGGAGUCUUUGGGGUGUCGCUUCGUUCCUUCUUAAAUUUAUUGCUAAAAUACGAAGAAGUUAGAGAAUUAUUUAGUUGCCGGAAGACAGUUUUUCGAUUCUUAAGAAGGUUCUGACUGAAAUCUUCAGUGAUGGUAACUUGAUAUAGGUGUAUCAUUACGAUUACAAUGUAAUCUAAUUUGUCUAAAAGAUGAAUACUGUGAUCCAAUAUCCGGAAUGAUAACACAUUCUGUUUGGCGUAACAUAGCAACAAAAACCCCGCAGCUUCUAAUAUAAGAGCAAACAGGUAGGACAUUUUAUGACGUUGUCCUUUGUCGCAUUGAAUCAAAUCAACGUACCGGAGAUUGGAAAUUUAGUGGUUUAUAGUCUCGGAACUGUUGUAUUUAGAAUGAAAAUAAAGGAGAACUCUGGAGAACACCAAAAACCAACCAUUACAGUUCAGUUUGUGAUUUUGUCCAGGAACUUUUCUAUUUUAAUUAAGGGAAUCCAAGAUUAUGAAUGUUGGAUCCGUCAUUCCGUACACUUAGUGUCAUAGACAUUACCGUAACAUUUUAUGUAAAUUUAACACUUUAUGUAAAUGGCAAAGUCAGUUUGUAUCUACGGAAGGUCAAUACGUAAGAGCUAAAUUCCAUAAUCGCAUAUUAAGAAUGUAAAAAUAGGACUUUUAUAUAAAAUUGUAAAAAACUAAUAAAAACAUUCAAUCAAAACUUAUUUAAACAUCAAACUAGAUAGAGAAUUAUAAAACAAAUUACGCAUUCAGUAAACCGUAGUUUCUAACUUUACAUUAAAGAACCUAAAAGUGAAAUUUGUAAUAUAUAACUGUAUCAUAUAGUGAAAUGUAAAUUUGAAUAAAUGAUUUUAGCAUGAGAAAUGAAAACUGAACCCGUUUAGAUGAGAAUGGAACACGAUUAAAAUAGUAAGUAGAGGACCCAUGAGCCAUGACCCAUGAAACCAUGGAAAAACCCAAAUAAAGUAAUACAGUGGAAAAAUCUGAACACACGACCCAAUGUUAUUGGGACCAGCCAUUUUAGAAAUGAAGAAAUUUAAUCAAAAUUAAACUUACACGAAACUUAAAUUAAUUGAAGAGUGUAUUUACAAGAACGAUUCUGUAAGAAAAAUCUUUAAAUUUGAAUUAUAGUCAAAUCCAAAUCUUCAAAAAUGAGAGAAAUCUUUUAAGAGUAUUAGUACCUGCCAUUGAAAUUGAUGAGAAAUGUUUAUUAUUUGUGGAGAAAUUCGGUCAUUCCAAUCAUUUCAGAUAGAAUUUUAAAGUAAAAGAUUCAGUGUUUAGAAUAAAAACUCUAAUUUUUUUAUAUAUGUAGGAGUAUGGAUACACAUAUAUUUCGUUCCUUUACUAUUGCUUUUUUUCUAUGUAAGAAAGAAAUACUAAACUUCUAAGAGACCGUGUAGAAAAGUAAUAAAACUGAAACCCCGAUUUGAAUAAAUAACUUGGAAAAUUUUAA